AUGGAUUCAGCAUCAUUUGAUGGAUCGAUUUGUAAGUAUAAAGAGAAACAAGAAUGGAUAAGGUACCUUGAAAAUCUUAACAAUGAAUCUCAUAGUGAUGCGGAAAAAGAGGGCGUCAUUUCACCCAUUAAGGAUGAUGAAAAUUUCGGAAUUUAUGUGGCUCUCAAGA